AAUAUAUUUAACUGGUAGGUAGUAGUACUUAGUCGUAUAUUUAGUAGCUUGUAAAAUUUGGGAGUGUGGUAAUUUUCAUGAUUCUUAGAAAUGUUGUAAAAUAUUAUUUUACGUAUGUCUUCUCUGUCAAAAAAUAGCACUGUGUGAACUUGAAUUGCGGUUGCUUGCCGUUAACGCAAAUGCCCAGAAACUUGGCAUGUAAUGGAUGAAGCAACAGACCGUGCUUUUGCUAAUGGACGCGUGACUGGUUCCCUCAUACAAAGCAUUCCUAUAAAUGUGUCGCUUAUGUUAGCAGCAAUGUAUUUAUUCUAGAAUUUGCUUAAACAUACCAGUAUAUACUUUCAAAUAUUCUUUUACAGUUUUAUUUAUGUUUGACGUAUUUUUCUCACCUAUUGCCUCAUCGAAGCUUUCUACAUAUCAAAUAAAACCCUUUUAAGAUAAUUAGGUAGUGUCAUUAUAUUUCUUAAUUUGUUUAAAUGCAUGUAAUCAAACAGUAGUGUGAAAGAUAAACAUUAUCAGUGAUACGUAUGGGAAGUAGGAUGCGGUCGGCGGGCGGACCGCGACGUCCGCGCGUCCGGCGACCGCCAUCUCUCCCUUUCUCUCGAAACUAUCGCUCUCUCUCUCCGUCCUUCGGCGGCUCGUUCCUCUUCUUCUUGCAAGGUUAAGGUUACGUCAGACGUGUUAUGUUAUAACCGUUGGGGCGCACCCCGGCAAGUUCAGUGUCUCGUCGAGAGUGGCCGCGACACUACUCGCGACCAACGUGCGCGCUCACCCCGAGGACUGUGCGACCGCCUGUGAUAUACGAACAGUGAAAAGUUCAUGAACUGCGUGUUGAAAUUUGUUUGAACUAUAAUAUCACGUGACGAAAAAUACUUCGAUAUCCUUGCCGUAGCCCUUAAAAGGUGCUUCAGACUGCCGAGAUCGCCCAUAGCUAAAGCGUUGACAAGAACGGCGGUGGCGACCAGCGGCUAGCGGUUGCGAAGCAAUAAGAUAACUAAUGUUGCCACGGCCCCUCUCAGAGAGCACAAUGCGAUUGCUACUCAGUAUAGUGUUAGUGGCAUGCGCCGCUGAAGCUGCAAAAAAGUUCGAAGGGACUUUACGAUCAGCGGUUGAUGCGCCACCUCAAGAUAAUCUUGCCAUCGAGUCAGGUUCACCGGAGCCAGCCGUUGUGGCUGCCCCUGAAGGCUAUCAAAACCCAGGAGCCCCACCGCCUACGGAACCUGCUGCUGAAGAGCCUGAAGAAACGGCUCCAGCAGCUAUCCCUGAAACAGCGUCGGGAGGAGUCCCGCCUUCUGCCCCUAGUGGAGCAUCGGCCCCAUCCGCCCCAGCAAAUUCAUUAGAAGAAUGCGACCCAGAAAUGAUUGGAUUCGAACUUGUCACAGGGUACGUGUUCUCAGCACCGUCUCACAUCUUAGACGACAUCCCCGGCACACUUAUGUUGACCGACUGCCUUGAGCAGUGCCAGGCCAACGACACUUGUCGCGCUGUCAACUACGAGACUGGACUUUGUGUUCUCUUCAGCUCCGAUGCUGACCAAUUACCUGGUGCAUUGACAAAGUCACAGUUCCCGGUUUUCACGAUCUACGCACAAAAGUCGUGUCUCGGCGUGCGUCCUUGUGAAAGGGCUUGGUGCUUCGAUCGUGUGCGCGGCUACCACCUCAAAGGGCAUGGCAAUAAGACACACGUAGUUGGAUCCAGGCAGAUGUGCCUUGACCUCUGCCUUGGCGAAAACGAGUUUGUUUGCAGAUCGGCGAACUACAACAAUAAAACUGGGGAGUGCGUGCUAUCAAACAUGGACCGUAUCACAUUGGCGGGAACCAGCUUUUUCCAACCGAACGAAGAUACCGAUUACUUAGAAAAUAACUGCGUGGAGGAACCCACUAAGCUUUGCGAGUUCAAGAAAAUGGGUGGUCGUAUUUUGAAGACUGUGGACUCUGUAUAUCAAGAUGUUCAGACUGUGGAGGAGUGUCGUGAACUUUGCUUAAACUCUCCCUUCCGUUGCCACUCUUACGAUCACGGUGAUACCGGUGACCAUGUUUGCCGUUUGUCUCAUCACUCCAGAGCUACACUUGCUGAUAUUCAGGAUCCUUACUUGGAAGUACCUGAAGCCGCUACCUAUGAAUUGUCUUCUUGUUACAACGUGUCCAUUGACUGCCGUGCUGGAGACAUGGUUGCUAAAAUUCAAACAUCGAAAUUGUUUGACGGCAAAAUUUACGCUAAGGGCAGCCCCAACUCUUGUGUCUUUGAUGUUAAGCAGAGUCUCGAAUUCGAGCUGCACAUGGGAUAUAACAAUCUCGAGUGCAAUGUUAAACAAAACGGACUUGGCAGAUAUUUGAAUGAUGUCGUCAUUCAGCAUCACGAUACCAUAGUUACUUCUUCCGAUCUUGGUUUGGCUGUGACUUGCCAGUACGAUUUGACGAACAAGACUGUUGCCAACGAAGUUGACCUGGGUAUCCACGGAGACAUCAAGACUGGUAUCUCAGAGGAGGUGAUUGUCGACUCUCCCAACGUAGCCAUGAGGAUUACAGACAGGAAUGGAGACGAUACCAUUGUAUCUGCUGAAGUCGGAGAUCCCUUGGCUCUGCGAUUCGAGAUUAUGGACCCCAACUCACCAUUCGAAAUCUUUGUACGAGAGCUUGUUGCCAUGGAUGGCGUGGACUCCAGCGAGAUCACCCUCAUCGACAGCCAUGGUUGUCCUACCGAACACUUCAUCAUGGGACCUUUGUUCAAAUCAGCUAACAGUGGAAAGAUGCUGUUAUCCAACUUCGAUGCCUUCAAGUUCCCAUCUUCGGAAGUCGUUCAGUUCCGUGCCCUGGUAACACCCUGUAUGCCUACAUGUGAACCGGUACAGUGCGACGGCGGCCCGAACGAUCUCCGCUCCGUCAUGUCUUACGGACGUAGGAAGAGGCGUUCGACCCCUGCAGCGCCCACCGACGACAUGCUCCUGGUGCAAACUAUCCAGAUCACUGACAAAUUCGGUUUUGACAAACAACGGGCUAAGAAUGUCACUGAAGACUCUGUAUACGUCAGGGAGACCGAAGUCACAUGCGUGAACGCAGCGGGAGCCAUGCUUGCGGCGGCUGCUUUCUUAGCAGCGCAACUAGUCGUUCUGGCAGCGUGGACCUGCAGUUGGCAGCGACGACGUGCCGCAGCUAAGGCCGCUGAACUGCUUCCAGGACCUAACGCGCCGUCCGCUCUUUGCAAAGUCUAUGAUGCCAGUUUUUCUCGUGCGCACCAGAGGCACUUCUAAGUAACAGUAGGCGUGUCGACGUGAUCAGCGUCCGCAAUAGUAGUAUAUUUCGUUAGUUUAAAAACCCCCGUCGAGUUCUGGCUUGUGAAGACGACAAAUCCGCAGGGCGUCACGUCUUCCAUAGAGCGCAGGACAGCGAUAGCGGUUAUUUAAUGGUUAGUGUCCGAACGCUUCCACAGCACACUGCACGCAUGGGCGAGGUGGCGAGGUGGUGCGGGGGCGCGCGACACAGAGGCGGGGACGACCACAAGAGCGUGCGCGAAUGUGGACGGAUGCGAGUGCGGCGCGCAGUGUGACCGUUGUUGAGUGUGUCUGGUGUAUGAGAUCGCUCGCUUGUCCCCGUCUCCGGCGUCGUCGGCGGGACCGCGGCCGUGAGUCGUUAUCAAGAUCACGUCGCUCAUUCGUUCACUUUACGCUCGGACAUCCAUUCGAGGACGUCCGAUUACGUAUUGUACCAUAUUUUUUUAAAAGUAGCAUAAGCCUGAUUUUAAUGAUAUGUAGUGAUAAGUAAAAAGUAACAUUUCAGUACCUUUUAAGUAGAUAACCGAACGUGCGACCUAAGUCAAGAGACGAUGGAUUGACGGCCGUCCCGACAUCGUAAUUUAUUUAAUUUAGCAUAGUUUCUUUUUUACGUAAUUUAUGAUUGAAUUUAAUACUAUUUAAUAAAAUUUUAAUAUAAAUGAAAUACCUACCUAAACAAACGAAAGCUUACGACUUACACUAUGUGCUAUCCCAUGUAAACUGAAAGUAUUUUAUUAUGAUAUCUACUAGUGCCUUAAUAAUGAGAUGUCAAUGUAACGAAAUGUUGUUAUUAUUUUAAUAACAUUUUACCUUGUUUCAUCCGUCCAAAUUGUCAUUACUUAAAAUAAAUUUUCCAAAAUA